UUUUGAUAAAAUAGAACUUUCAUAAUUAAAUUUUUGAGAUAAAUCGAAAUUUUUUACCUUUAUUUUUAUACGUUGUAAAGUAUUUUUUGAUAACUGCUGCCAUGUUUUAGUUAUCUUCAAUUGUUGCCUUAUAUGGUUUGCUAAUGUUGAUGGGAUGACCUCCGGCAUACCCACUCGAACUACGCCCACAUUGACACCCACGACGCUGAAAAAUAUCGAAGAGUCUAUCUUUGACAUACAGCCGAUUCCUCCGCCGCCUCUCGAGCAUCAGCACCAGGCCGGUUUCGUACCUCCAGUAGUCAACAUUUCGGGAUCGUCCCUCAUGGGCCAAAACGGUAAUACUAAUUAUCAACUGAAUCAAAAAGACGAAGAAAACGAUGGUUGGUUAUCACCCUGCGUCCAAGCAACAUUGGCAAACACUGUUAGACACGCCGUCAAUACGUCCGGUAAUGCCAUGACAACACCCUCAUCCAAGCCAUCCGGAAGAAAUCAAGGUGGACGAAAACCGAUGAAGGAUGAGAAAUUAUCUCCUGAAGAAGAAGAAAGAAGAAGGCUAAGGCGUGAAAGGAACAAACUUGCAGCUGCUAGGUGCCGUAAAAGACGCAUGGAUCAUACCAAUAACCUCUUAAUGGAGACCGAGGGACUGGAAGAAAAGCGUCAGGCCCUGCAGAAUGAAAUACAGUUAUUGACAAACCAAAAAGAGGAAUUAGAGUUUAUUUUGGAAGCUCAUAAAACCACAUGCAAGAUUUCAUCAAGCCAUCAGAAUCAGAAACGUCCAACUAAUGGUUCUAUAUUGUCCAACGGCAAAAACACUCUCAUUUCACUGUCUAAUGGUACCGACAAAAUUUCUCAGAUGAAGCCACUGUCUCGUCCUACCUCUCUUCCGGUGUCGUCCGCAUUCACCAAUCCGGACGGGAGUAGUUCGCUGAAAGUGAACACCACAAAUUUCAACGACGUCACUGGUAUCCCAAUUUCCACUCCGAGUGGUGGAAUCUUUAAUUAUGAAUCGCUAAUGGAAGGAGGAACGGGUCUAACACCAGUGUCCAGUGGCUUGACUCCAGUUAUAUCUUCGUGUGCCGGCCAACAGAGGAGUUCCAGCAGUGAUCUAUCCAGCCCCGAUACCAUUAAUCCACCAAAAUUAGUUUCACUUUGACAGUAAGGGCAUAACUUCAGUCUGUGCAAAUCUGCACAAAAAACUUAAGACAUUCGGUAACCUCAUUUUAUUCUGACAUCAGUUUCUGGUAUCCAAGGAAACACAUCUCAUCACAGCAGUAUUAUAUUUGCGCCCAAGAAUUCAAAACCAGAAAAAGAUUAACUCGCUUAGAACUAUGAAUUCCUACAUUUUUACUACAUGCAUAACUUAUGCCAAAAAAAAAAAUUAAUUUUAAAUUAAUCGGAUUCUAAUGGCAUUUAGUCAUACGGCUUAUAGCAUAUUUUUAUAUCAUUGCAUAGCAAAUUGAAUAUUAAUGUGUAUGAAAAUAUUGCUUACAGUUGGAAAUUCUCACUUCGUAGUCAUCUUACCAGCAUUUAAAACCAAACGAAGUAUUUUAUCCCAAAAGCAUUUUUAAGUCAUCAUUUUUACUAUUUAGUAUAAACAUCUAGAUAUUAUGUCAUUUUUAAAAAUGUAUCUAGAAUAAUUAGUUUGAUACCAAAUUUGUCUGGCACUGUAAAUAAUGUAUGAAAAAUAUUUAUUUUUAUGUACAGGCUGUAUGUCUAUGCAUCUUAUUGGUUGGUACAUUUCCUAAAAAAAUAUAAAAAAAGUAUGUCAUUUGUCUGGAACAAAGAACAUAUGCUUUUUUUUGAAAUGUAAUUUGUAUGUGUUAUGCAAAAUAUUUAAUAAUUGUAUACACAUAGAAACGAAAUGUCUCAACGAACGUUUCCGACGAUAGAUGGCAAAAGUAUCGAUUUGAGUGGUGCAAUAAAUUUAAUAUGCAUGAGCUAGGUUUAUCGUGAUGUCACCAAGAGAUAUUUUCUUACUAUACGAUUCAAAAUCGUCUCAAAUAUUUGAGUACAGCUUUUCUGAAAUUUUUUUCAAUAAAGCAAAUUUAAAACUA